UUAUUGCACCCUUUGAUCUGAGAUGUGUCCAGCUCAGAAUCAAGCUAUUGUCCGUACGUUCACUUUAAAAGAUUGACCGAACAGUCUCAGUGUCCCGCUUUCCCUAAUGAUGAGUAAUAAUCAAUGAGGAUAUCCAGAGCAAACAUGAUCUCCUGGGACUAACUGCAUUCCACCGGGACACUUCGUUUUUAGACUCUGAGUUUUUAGAAAGAUAAGUAGACUUUCUGCUUUCACACAUCAUCAACAACACCCCAAUACAUGUGAAAGUAUCUGCCUGCUGUGACACAAAUCAACAGAAUCAGAGGUGAACCAUCGAUCACAUGUGUCUGCCUGACACAGAAGAAACAAAGGGGAAAAGAAAUCAUCUGAAAGCGAGCCAUGGCAGCUGAUCUAGACGUGGUGAACCUAUUUAUCAUUGCGGGGGGAACACUGGCUAUUCCCAUCCUGGCCUUUCUGGCUUCCUUCCUGCUCUGGCCGUCAGCUCUCAUCAAAGUCUAUUACUGGUACUGGAGGAGGACUCUGGGCCUGCAGGUGCGAUACGCAGACUGCGGUGGUUAUCGCUUCUGUUACUCCUACAGAGGGAAGCCUGGGAUGAGACCCUCCAUCUUAAUGCUGCAUGGCUUCUCUGCCCACAAAGACACAUGGCUCACUGUAGUCAAGUAUCUACCCAAACAUCUGCACAUUGUGUGUGUUGACAUGCCCGGCCAUGAAGGAACAACUCGGACCAACACAGAGGAUUACUCCAUUCAGGGCCAGGUCAAAAGGAUCCAUCAGUUUGUGGAAUCUGUUCGACUAAACAGAAAACCUUUUCAUCUGGUUGGAAACUCCAUGGGAGGAAAUGUAGCUGGAGUUUACGCAGCCUGCUUUCCCUCACAGAUCUGUAGCAUGACUCUCAUUUGUCCAGACGGUAUAAGACAUCCAUGUGAGACCAAAUUUGACAAUCAUCUGCAGGACCUGGAGCACAGCAAUUACACAUUAAACAUCCCGCUGAUCCCAACUACUACCGAGGAGAUGGAGGACAUGUUCAGACUUUGUUCUCAUGUUCGCUUUAAAAUCCCUCAGCAGAUUCUUCAAGGAUUGGUAGAUGUCCGGCAGCCUCACAACACAUUUUUCCAAGAAGUAUUUAUGGAGAUCGUUGGUGAGGAAUCCAGAUAUGCUUUACAGGAACACUUACAUCUCAUCACUGCACCUUUACAAGUGAUAUGGGGCAAACAGGACCAGGUGGUUGAUGUUUCUGGAGCUACAGUCAUUGCCGAAGUGUCGCCCGGAUGCAUUGACCUGCUGGAGAACUGUGGGCACUCAGUGGUGAUGGAGAGACCUUGUAGGACUGCCAAACUCAUCCUGGAGUUCAUCAUCAUGCAGCAAGAUGCUCGAGGCGGAACAAAGAAAUCUUCCUGAACCAAACACUUUUUCCUCAGAGCUUUUUUUUUUUUUUACUGUAAUGCUCUAACAGGCUCCUUGUAAAUGACAUGCAUAUGUAUCGAUGCCCAAUCCCAUACAU